AUGUUCCGUGUUUGGUUUAGUCAGUUCUCAUCUGGAAUGUUAACACCAAGGUCAAGCCAUGUUACCGAUUUUUUCUAUGAGAAUACUUCAUAUUUGAGAAACGAAAAGGAGGGUAUCCAUGUGUCACCUUUAGUAGAAGACAAACCGUUGGUGGAUACAGUCGAGGGUGUUGGAGCAGUUUAUGACUUUUUCAGGAACACAGUAAAACGCCAGCCUAGCGAUCAGUUUAUCGGGUGGCACGACUCACCGUCAUCGCCAUACGAAUGGAUGACUUAUGAAGAAGUUAACGAGAAGGUAGAGGCCUGUGGGUCGGGUCUCCUUCAAUUUGAAGAACUAACAGGGAACUCGUUGAAAUGCGUUGGUGUAUAUGCGAUCAACUGCCCUGGGUGGCUCAUUACUGAGCUUGGUUGCUGGGCCUAUGGGCUGGUUGUGGUGCCUCUUUACGACACCCUCGGGCAAGAGGCUAUGAAACACAUUUGUAAUGAAGCCGAGCUCUCAGUGGUAGUUUGUGACACGCCAGAGCGGGCAAAGAAGUUGAUCGAUGCGAGCUGCUCCACGCCCUGUCUCAAGUACAUCGUUGUCCUCUCUUCCAAAGAGGAGCUUGAAAAUUUGCGCUCUGCAGCCGGAAGCAACAUUGGAGUGAUCACUUUUAACGAACUGCUGGCAAGAGGAAGCGUUCAUCGUCAGAAACCAUGCCCUUUAGACGGAGAUGGGCUCAUUACAAUCUGCUACACUAGCGGCACAACAGGAACUCCGAAGGGUGCCAUGAUUCGCAAUAGAAAUCUCAUCGCCGUUAUUGCCGCGACGCAACGGGUUCUGGGGAAACUUAUCACAAAGGAUGACACCAUCCUAUCGUUCUUGCCUCUGGCGCACAUCUACGAACAGUACUGUGAGGUUUAUCUCAUGUACGUCGGUGCGCGAAUCGGCUUCUAUUCAGGGAAUAUUACAACCGUUAGUGAGGACAUGCGGAUUCUUCGCCCGACUAUCUUUACAAGCGUACCUCGCCUCCUCUGUCGAAUCUACGACAACGUCUACGAACGUGUCUGCAAGUCCACAUUUAAGCAAUUUCUGCUCAAGUUUGCUCUCAAGGAAAAGUGCCACAAAGUUGACAAACAAAUUUACGACAAGAGUUUUUGGGACUCGACGGUAUUUUCGAAGAUUCUGCGUAACUUUGGAGGCCGUAUUCGUCUCGUUCUGGUGACUGGCGCUCCUAUUGCUCCCCCCGUUCUGCGUUUCACUCGGGCGGUUUUCUCGUGCCCGGUCCUCGAGGGGUAUGGUUGCACGGAGACUUGUGGUCCCGUGUCGUCAUCGCUUGCUGGUGAUCUGAACGGCAGUCACGUUGGAGCUCCCUGGCCAUCUGUGGAAAUCAAAUUAACCGACGUGCCAGAUAUGGGCCUCCUUGCUGCAAGAGAUAAUAGAGGAGAGAUUUGUGUUCGAGGUGCCUCGUGCGUAAGCGGCUACUACAAGAACCCUGAGAUGACCGCUAAGUUAAUAGACGAAGAUGGAUGGCUGCACACUGGUGAUGUGGGCACUUGGCAAGAGGGUUGUCUGAAGGUGGUCGAUCGUUGCAAGCACAUUUUCAAACUUGCGCAGGGAGAGUACAUUGCUCCGGAGAAACUGGAACUCGUUUAUCAACGGAGUCCUCUAAUCAACCAGAUCUUUGUCGACGGCGACGCACACAGCACUUUUCCUGUUGCCUUGGUUGUCCCUGAGGUUGAACCACUUCUGAAGGCACUAUCCAGCUAUUCACCAAAAAGCCUUCGUGAACCCAUCCUAGAUGCUCAAAACAAACCAUCAUUGGAGGAUAUCUGUGCUGAUCCUAGAGCCAAGAAGAUAGUCAUGGCUGAUCUAAAGAGUCUUUCUGAAGCUGCAAACUUCAUGGGAUUCGAAAAGGUAAAGAAUAUCAAACUUAUACCGGAGCCCUUCAGCAUCGACAACUUAAUGCUGACCCCGACACAGAAGGUAGCUCGACCUGCAGUUCGAAAACGGUACGCCGAGGAACUGGUCAACCUAUAUAAGGAACAUCCAACGGCUCAAUAG